AUGACUGAACGAACCCAGACUGCAGCAUUGAGGGACAUUGCCGAAAUAGCAGAUACACUCUCCACACACGGAAUGGAAGACCAGCAAAUACAAUCGGUGACAAGAAUCCGUUAUAUCGCGCACGAGUGCCUACGGGACCACGCUGGGUCCUCGGCCCUUCUCUUGACCAACUCUGAGGACGAAAUCGGAAAGAAAAGUCGAGGGAAGGAAAGGGUCAGAAGGCGGAGCACAGGCAAACGAAGGCGGAAAGAAGACUUGGAUGACCUUUAUACCCCUAGCUUUCAUACACACUCCCAUUUGUAUCCUUCGGCCUCUAACCAUGAUGAUGAUGGGGAAGAACAGGUGUAUCACGUGGGCCCCACCGAAGUGGAUCGUGAGAAACUUUGUGUUGUGAGAAGUGCCGGUUAUGAUGACUCGGAAUGCGGGCAUGGAGUCGAGGAGGUUGAUGAAGAUGGGCUUUCUCGUGAGUCUCCAGAAAAUGCUUGCGAGCCUCAGGCGAAGACUGUUGGUGUUGUA